ACUACGUCGUCUCUUUGUCAGAAACGUAUUGUAGAGAGCGUGGAAUUCCAAUAGGAAGAGUUAUUUUCUUUCCCAAUUUUUGAAAGAUGACUCCCGGCCGGCCCCGUUAUAGUACAUAACAACAAAGACACAGAAACCCCCAAUUUCUAGUGCGCUUCGUUUGCGAUUAAAACCCCAAUUGGGAGUCGUUGAUUUGCUUCUUCUCGGAGCUCAACACGAUUGAUUCUCAACUUAGCUAUUCAAAUGGGAAGCCCUGAGAAUCGGGUUGCUUCCGACUCCGCCGAUACCACUUCCAAGAAUGACUCCGAAGACGACGACGACAAUGGAGUUCAGAACCCCCCUUCCCAUCCUUGUCCUUUCUCUGAAGGAGAGAAGGUUCUUGCCUUUCAUAGCUUCGUCAUUUAUGAAGCUAAGGUACUAAAAACAGAAUAUCAGUUGAAAGAAUGGAGAUGUUAUGUUCAUUACCUUGGAUGGAGCAAAACCUGGGAUGAGUGGGUAGGACUUGAUCGAUUACUGAAGUUUACAGAAGAGAAUGUGCAGAAACAGCAGGAACUCAAUGAGAAGAGGGGGACUGACAAGAAGGCAUCUCGAGCGUCCCAUAUCAAGCCCAAGAACGUGGUUAAAGGGAAGAAGCGAAAGAAUGAUGCUAGUAAGGAAAAGGGUGCCAUGAAUGUUGAAAAGCUUGUGAGUAUACAGAUUCCAGUUAAACUAAAGAAGCAACUAGUUGAUGAUAGUGAGUUUGUAACGCAUCUUGGGAAGCUAGUAAAGCUUCCACGCACACCUAAUGUAGACGAUAUAAUGAAGAAAUAUCUUGAGUACAGACUGAAGAAGGAUGCAACGAAAGAUGAAUCAAUUGGAGAAAUCGUGAAGGGGCUGAUUUGUUACUUCGAUAAAGCACUACCUGUGAUGCUUCUAUACAAAAGUGAACGACAACAAUAUGAAGAAUUGAUGAUCAAUGAUGUCUCCCCUUCUUCCAUAUAUGGUGCCGAACACCUUCUACGUCUAUUUGUUAGGUUGCCUGAGUUGUUGUCUCAAGCCAAUAUUGAAGAGGAGACUUUGAUGGAACUGCAACAGAAGUUAGUUGACUUACUCAAUUGCAGGUUUUUAAGGAAGAAUCAGAAUGCGUUUUUCUUGUCAUCGUACCAUGUGCCUGAGAAUAUGGAAACAAGUACCAACAACGCCGAUGACUAAUACAAUUACAUGCAGCAAUCUCAAGUAUUACUUUAGUUACUAUUCAAUCCUUACUUCAUUGUGCCUUUUUAUUUCACUGUACAUAUAUUUCUAAUAUCGUCUGGAACUACAAUGCCACCCAUAAUAAACGUUAAGCCCUUUAUAUCAAAUUUCUAGUGCUUUUUACUUUUUUAUUUA